GCCGAGCAGGGGCCGGCACAGGGCGCAGCCCCGGCGGCACCUCCCAGCACAAGUGCAAAGCGGCUCCCCGGGGCUGCAUUGGCCCCUGCGCUCCUCGCCUCUUACCUCCCCGCUCCCGGGACGGUCUUUUGGGCGGGAGGGGGAUACCUUUCCUUAGCAAAGUCCCGUCCCUCGCCAGGGAAACUUUCUACGUGCCUGUGCUGAGAAGCAACUAGUUGCAGUCGCUGAAGUGCGAGGAGUGUUUGGCUUCUCCCCUACCAGCCUCCUCCUCCAUCUACCUCCACCCCCCCCGAAGUCUCCCCUCCCGUUUUGCUCCUAGUUGCGCUUUAUUUGUGUGUGGAGAAAGGGGGGGGACUUGCAGAGGGGAUGUCCUGUUUUUGCCAGAGGAACAGUGCAAAAGGGGAACCUCGGCUCGGAGAAGUGACGAGAAUAAAUAAAUAAGGAGCUGCCCUAGAAUAACGGUAGCGGCAUAUCCCGGCAGCGACAAGAUUACUGAGCUGUAGAUUGAAGGGAAGAUAAUUUUGCUUGUGGAGGAAACGAAAGGUGAACAACCUCCAUGGAAGACUCUCCGGAUCUAAGUGAACAGUCAGUAAAGAAACCGUGUACAGAGUCAGAUGGUUCAGAGCCACAGAACCCCAGGUCUAUGGAAAUGCAAGAUCUAGCCAGUCCUCAUAAUCUUGUUGGAAGUAGUGAUGCACCGGGUAGUUCCAAACUGGAUAAACCUAAUCUCAGUAGCACAUCAGUUACAACAAAUGGAACAGGAGUCAAAACAGAACCCAUGAACAGCAGUGAAACAACAACAACAACUGGAGAUGGAUCGCUUGACACUUUUACUGGGUCAGUGAUAACAAGUAGUGGCUACAGCCCAAGAUCAGCACACCAGUACUCUCCGCAGAUAUAUCCCUCCAAGCCCUAUCCACACAUUCUUUCUACACCAGCAGCUCAAACAAUGUCUGCCUAUGCCGGACAAACCCAGUAUUCAGGAAUGCAGCAACCAGCGGUCUAUACAGCCUACUCACAGACAGGACAGCCCUACAGCUUACCCACUUACGGCAUCAAGACGGAAAGUGGGCUCUCGCAGACCCAGUCACCACUGCAGAGCGGGUGCCUCAGUUACAGCCCAGGGUUUUCCACCCCACAGCCAGGCCAAACACCCUACUCUUACCAGAUGCCAGGUUCUAGUUUUACACCAUCAUCCACUAUUUAUGCAAACAAUUCUGUUUCAAAUUCUACAAACUUCAGUAAUUCACAACAGGAUUAUCCAUCAUACACAGCUUUUGGCCAAAAUCAAUAUGCACAGUAUUACUCAGCAUCAACAUAUGGUGCAUAUAUGACCUCAAACAACACGGCUGAUGGCACUUCAUCAUCAUCAUCAACCUACCAGUUACAGGACUCGCUCCCUGGCCUGACUAGUCAACCAGGUACAGAUCUACAUUCAGGGGAGUUUGACACAGUGCAGAGCCCCUCCACGCCAAUCAAAGAUCUUGAUGAGAGAACAUGUAGGAGUUCUGGGUCAAAGUCUCGGGGUAGAGGGCGGAAGAAUAAUCCAUCACCCCCUCCGGACAGUGACUUGGAGCGUGUAUUUGUUUGGGAUUUGGAUGAAACAAUCAUAGUUUUUCAUUCGCUGCUCACAGGAUCAUAUGCACAGAAAUAUGGCAAGGAUCCACCAAUGGCAGUGACCCUUGGACUGCGAAUGGAAGAAAUGAUUUUUAAUCUUGCUGACACACAUUUAUUUUUUAAUGAUUUAGAGGAAUGCGAUCAAGUUCAUAUAGAUGAUGUUUCUUCUGAUGAUAAUGGACAAGACCUAAGUACCUACAGUUUUGCAACUGAUGGCUUCCAUGCAGCUGCAAGUAGUGCAAACCUUUGUCUGCCAACAGGUGUAAGAGGAGGGGUUGACUGGAUGAGGAAGCUGGCUUUCCGUUACAGAAGAGUAAAAGAGUUGUAUAAUACUUACAAGAACAACAUAGGAGGCCUCCUAGGUCCUGCUAAAAGAGAUGCAUGGUUGCAAUUAAGAGCAGAGAUUGAAGCUCUGACAGACUCCUGGCUAACAAAUGCACUUAAAUCAUUAUCAAUUAUCAGCACAAGGAGUAACUGUGUAAACGUACUGGUAACAACAACCCAGCUUAUCCCAGCACUUGCAAAAGUUCUGCUAUACAGCCUAGGAGGAGCUUUUCCUAUUGAAAAUAUUUACAGUGCAACCAAAAUAGGAAAAGAAAGUUGCUUUGAACGAAUAAUGCAAAGGUUUGGCAGAAAAGUAGUAUAUGUUGUAAUUGGGGAUGGUGUAGAAGAAGAACAGGCAGCAAAAAAGCACAACAUGCCUUUCUGGAGGAUAUCCAGUCAUUCGGACCUCUUGGCUCUCCAUCAAGCACUGGAACUAGAGUAUUUGUAACUGUGUUCUAAAGUUGGCGACCCUUUUUUUUUUAUAUAUAUAUAUAUUUCAAGUACACUGAAUUUUUAUGUGUGAUUCAAUGCCUCUGGCUUUACACAUAUGAAUUGUCUUAAGAAGGGAAGAAAUAUUUGGAAUUAAAAAUUCCAAAUUGAAGAAUUCAGAUUGCUGAAUGGAGUUAAAACAUUAGUGCUACGUAAGGAAGCUCUAUGGUCUUAUAUAUGCAACGUUUUUAAAUGAAUUAAAACUGUGGAGGUUGCUGGUACACACCAAGUGAGCCCUGACAGGAGUGAACAAAGGACUCGAACUGGCAAAGCACCAACAUGCAUUUCCCAGCCGACAAGGUGGUGUUCAACAACAUUCCUCAAAAUGGGAUAUAUUCUCAGCACUGAGGUUUGAACCAGACUUUAGCCUACCUAACCCAGAAAAUCUGAAUUGGAAUGCACUCAGACUGUAUAAUGACAAUCCUGUCUAGACCUGUAAUUUGUGUAAAUUAUUGAUGAAAAUAAUUUACUGUGACUUUAUUAGCAGCUGAUUUUGGAAGUGGAUGCAAUUUUUCUUUCUUUUGUGAGGGGCUAGGGAGGGGGAGGGUUAUAUAAUAUUGUCUCUUUUAUAAGUUUGGCAAACAGAAUGUGCAUAAUGAUGUGUUGUGCCUUAAAGAGAAGACUGUGUUUGUGUGUUAUAAUGUAAUUUUGGUUAAAAACUAUGUAGAUAAGCAAAAAAAAAAACAACAAAAAAAAAACCUUUGUGAUAAUUUUUGACAUGACCAAAUUUGAAAUUCAAAGAAAUCAAAGAUCAGGGCUGCACCAAAGCAUUUAAGUAUUUGUUGCAGGAAGAAAAAAUAAUAAAGGAAAGUUUGUGUUUUUA